UCCAACGGGCACAUAAUUUUGUCACUUGAUCUUCACGAACUUGAAGGCGGCUUUACCAGUUUUAACGGCCUGCCAACUUUUUCUCUGUUGCAGACUUGCAGCUUAGCUAUCUGGUAAACAAGUUCAUGCAUGCGUACGGCCAUGGAAGCGUCAACCAGCCAUGGCCAUGGCAGCAACUGGGACCCAACAACCUCACUGGACCUCAACCAUCCAACUCUUGUUAUGCUGGAGAAGUGCAAAACAAGGAGGCAGUUCAAAGAGAUACUGGCGCACAUGGUGAGGCUUCACCUCACUGAACAGACCUUCCCCAUGAGCAGGCUCCUCUACUUCUCUGCGAUCUCCCAUCGCGAGAACCUUGAUCUGUCACUCGCCCUCUUCCACCACUUUGAAUUCCAACCGAAUCUCUUCAUGUUCAACACUAUGAUUGCUGCACUUGCAUCAAUUCACAAGCGUAGGUGUAUCUGCCUUUAUAAAAGGAUGCUGAAAUCGGCUGUUUCGCCGGAUAAGCACACUCUGAAUCACCUUCUUAGGGCUUGUAGGUGUCUAACAGACGUUCAACAGGUUCACCAGCAAGCUGUAAUUAGUGGGCUGUCAUCGUACAGUUAUUUGCAGAACUCACUUGUUAAGAUUUAUAUGGAAAAUGGAGCAUUGGCGCUUGGGAGGAAAGUGUUCGAUAAAAUGUCUCAGAGAGAUGCUGUUUCGUGGAACUCCUUGAUUUGGGGUUAUGUCAAGGCUGGAUGUGGCCGUGAAGGUCUGAAGCUCUUCCAGGACAUGUGCUCCGAAGGCGUUGUGCCUGACAAAUUUACCAUGGUGGGUGCUCUUGGUGCCUGUGCAAAGAUCGGGAUGUUUCACAGCGGUCGUUCAAUUCAUACAAGAAUUAUCAAAAUGGGAGGUGUUUCUGGGAAUUGUAUUCUUGGAAACGCGCUUCUUGAUAUGUACGUGAAGUGCAAGGAAUUGGAUUAUGCAAGAAAGGUCUUCGAUGUACUUGCAGUUGGAAGGGAUGCUGUUUCAUGGAAUAUACUACUUUCAGGUUAUGCCAAAUUCGGAAAAUUGCAAAUGGCCAAGAGGUUGUUUGAUGAGAUACCCAUUAGAGAUUCUGUCACCUGGAACUCAAUUAUCGAUGGCUAUGCGCAGAAAGGGGACAUGGUUGCUGUUGUGAAUCUAUUUGAGGAAAUGCAAUCUCACAAGGUGAAACCAGAUGGGAGAACAAUAAUGAGUUUAGCGUCUGUAAUUGGGAUGACAGGUAAUUUGGACAAGGCAAAGUGGGUUCAUGGUUUGGUUGCGGAAGCUAGAAUAAAAUUGGACGCAUUCUUGGGAUCGGCACUUGUUGACAUGUACUCUAAAUGUGGGAGCGUCGAGAAGGCUCUUUCCGUGUUUGAGGAGGUGCAAGAAAGAGAUGUAUCAGUUUGGUCAGCCAUGAUUUCAGGGUUAGCUUUGCAUGGUCAUGGAACGAAAGCUCUUGAAUUAUUUAGAAUGAUGCAGGCUAAAGAAAUUCAGCCUAACCAUGUGACUUUUACAGGUGUACUUUCAGCUUGCAGUCAUUGUGGAAUGGUGGAGGAAGGUUUGACUAUUUUUCACAGUAUGAAACAAAUAUACGGAAUUGAACCAUGUGCUGAACACUAUGGUUGCGUGAUUGAUUUAUUAGGACGAGCAGGGAAACUAAUGGAAGCAAAAGACUUGAUUGAAAGGAUGUCCAUGAAACCAACCAGGUCCAUUUGGGGGGCCAUGCUCAAUGCAUGUAGAGUUCACCAAAAUGUGGAAAUAGCUGAGAUUGCAUCCAGAGAGCUACUCAAAAUUGAGCCUGAGGAAGAUGGUGGGUAUAUUAUUUUGUCAAAUAUUUAUGCUUCUCUAGGAAGGUGGAGAGAUGCAGACGAUGUUAGGCGGACGAUGGAAAACAGAGGAGUAAGAAAGGUAGCUGGCCAGAGUGCUGUUGUUGUCAAUGGAGUUUUUCAUCAGUUUGUUUCGGCAGACAAAGCUCAUCCCAGGUGGUCCGAGAUAUACUCUCUCAUUCACAACAUGAACAAUGAAAUGAAAGUACUAAACAACUUUACAUGAUUUGCAAAGUAAACAACUACAAAGAUUCUAGAAAAUAAAGCACUGUUCAUAAAAAAUAAUUCUUUCAUCGUCACGUUUGAAGGGUCUUAUCAGAUAUUUGGAUAUAGAGAACUGAGGAAGCCAUUUAUUACUCACCUGGAGACUUAGCCAGUGGACACCGCUAUAAAGCUAUAUGAGGGAGGAGGUGGAAGUUGCCUUUGUUUAUUUUCUUGAAUUCUGCCUCUCAUUUGCUCUCGAAGCCAUUAUUUCAGGCAAUGCAUAAACUGCAGAUAGCUGUGAAUGCUGAAACGAGCUAAUCAUCUAAGCUGCUACGUAAGUAAUCCACUGGUCUCAGCUUUAGCCCUAAUGAGUAGUUUACUUGGGACGUCCAUUACUUCAACGUUUCCUCUGUGUAAACUACGUAAGAGUUAGUUAUCCUUUUAGAAGAAAUUGAAUAACAGCAGGAUUGACAAAGUAUUGCGCCUGUGGAAAGAUCAAGCUGGAGAAUGGACUUUCUAAGUACCAAUAUGUACAUACACCUUCAGUGGACUGCACCAAGAUGUUCAGCAGAAAAGAACUCCUAUAUGACUUUACAGAGUUGAGUGCAUGGUAGCCACCGCAUGUUUAUGAACAAAAUCCAACUGUAGAGCCAAUUCUGAAGGCACAUUUUUGUUCUGUUCACCUCUGUAGUCUGUACAUGUGACCCCCAUUGUAUUCCCCAACACCCCUUCGUUAAGAGUGUGCCCCUCAUAUCUUGGCCAUACAAUGAAAAUUUUCAGAAAAUUGAGGACAACCAAAAACACAUUAAUUUUUUUUCCGAUUAAAAAUAAUUUGACAGAAAUAAUCUUGUGAAUUUUUUUAAUUAACCAUGGAAAAAGUUUAUUGUA